UUGAAGUAUUGGUUUCUGUGAAAAUUACUUAGAACGCUGCUUUAUCAACUCACGAUUUCUGUGAUUUAAUUAAUUCAAAACCGUUAAUAUAGUAAAAGGUGUUUUUGAUGAUUAACAUUGAAAUGGACUAAGUUCUAUUUUAUAUUGAUAUAUAAUCGGUUUAUUUGAAUUGCAUGCCACUUUCUAACUCUGAUCGCUAGAAACAUGUGGAAAUAACAUUAAACCUAGAGUAUAUAUACAAAUGUUUCUUUCCAUGCUUAAGAAUACGUUAUUAAUGCGCUUGACUAGAUUAAUGAAAACGAUGAGAUGUAUUUCAAGAUUGUAACUUUGUGAUAAGGAUUUGAAAGGAUUUAAGAAGAUAAUUUUGAAAAUAUCGCAAUUGAAGUUUGAAUAUUCUAUUCAAAUUGUUGAGUUGUGGGGUAAGAGCAAUGUAUAAGCAAGCACAGGCGGAAAACAGAAGAGUUUUGGAUCUUUUAGAACAAUUAAGAAAUCAGUGUUUACUGAAAGGUGUAGGAGGUCUGAAAUCUCUUGCUGUGUUUUUUCGGAGAAUGGAUACAGACUUUUCUAAGCGUCUGUGUUACCAGGAGCUUGAUGAAGGGAUGAAAGCAUACGGUCUUGAAGUAGAACAAAAUGACGUAAAAAUGUUGUUUGAAGCUUUUGAUAGGGACAAAAACAAACAAAUUGAUUUUCUUGAGCUGAUUGCCAAACUCAGACCACCGAUGACAAAGCUAAGAAUUGAAGUUAUUAAUCAAGCAUUUGACGUGCUAGAUGCAAACAAAGACGGCGUUUUAAAAUUGGAGGAUUUAAAAAUUGUCUAUUCGACCAACGCAAAGCAACAUCCAAAGUUUAUUUCCGGUGAGUGGACGGAAGAGCAAGUGCUUCGGAACUUCUUAGACAGUAUCGAUACACCUGGUAACCCGGAUGGAAAGGUGACACGUGAAGAAUUCAUGAACUACUACGCAGGGGUCAGUUCAACAGUAGAUGAUGACAGUUAUUUUGACCUUAUGAUGAGGGCAUGUUAUGGUCUACCAAAUAGAGGAUCAUAGAAUUUAUUUUUAAAAUGUGUGUUGAUUUUAUACAUGAAAAAUUAUUGUUCCCUUCUAAGAAUUUUUGUCUGGAGACCGAUAUUACACUUCCUGAUAUAUUAAGAAAAGUCGCUACUUAGCUUAGAUUAUAUUAGUAAUACAAUUUGGUAAAAUACAAAGAAAAUAACCCGACAUUGUGUCCGAUAAAGCAAACAAACAAAAAAUGUCGCAAACUUUAAUAACAUUCAUCUGAAACAUGUCGAUACAUCACGGCAGUAUAAUUUUUAUGUAUAGGUAUAUAAAACAAACUAUGUGUGAUUGAGAGUACAUGUUGUAUUUGCUUUUUCUUACACAUUGAGUUAUAUUUGACAAUGAUGUGUAAAUAUUCCUAGCAUGCCUAGAGUUUUCAAAAUUGUGACUUGCGUAGGCAUUUUCUGAAGAUGGACGACUACCAUGUUAAACGUUAUCUUCUAGGUGCUACAAGAACGACUUGCCCGGUAGUCGCCCAUGAGAGGCCCUUUAUAGCGAAGUAAACAAGGUCAAAGGUCAUUCGUGCAUAUUUUCAUGUGUGUCACAUAAAAUACCUUGUAUCUUGGUCAUUUAUCGGUGUAGAAUGCCAACAAUGGUACCAAAAUGAAGCCAGGACUUUGUCCAUUUAUUUACAAACACUUAAUUAAAAUUUUCUCAUUACAUACUUAUGAAUAUUCAUGAAAACUUAAAAAAUUGGCAGAUAAUUCGUUAAAAAUGAUAUUUUCAAAUAAUACAAAGAUCAAAUCUUCACUAUUUGUGUUUAUAAAUGGACAAAAAAAGCAAUAUUAUAUUUGAAACAUUACUUUAUACAAAUAUAUAUCUGUUUGUAGCAUUAUUUAUUGUUUGCAAGAGUAAAUACUGUCAAAAGUGGGGCAUUUAAAACAUUCAUUUAGUACACAUAUAUGUGUUCUUAACCAUUGAUAAGAAUCUUAUCAGUUUUAUAAAUGUCCAAGUAAAGUUUGUAAAUAUUCCAUGCAUUAAAAAUAUAAUUAGUAUUUAACACAUAUUCAAAUACUGCACAACAUAGUUUACACAGUUCAAUCUUUCUCAUAGUCUUUUCUCUAUACACAAUACCAGAGGGCAUUGUUUUAAAAAUGUCACAGCUUUAUUGUCCUCGUUGCCAUGUACAUUUCUACAGUUGGUAUAUAUAUAAGGAGAAGAAGAAGAAGAAGAAUCUUUAUUAUGCAUUGAAUCUUAUAAGAUCUAUGAACAUAGCAUGAUAAAUACAUGUAUCCAGUUUAUCUAAAAAUCAAAAAUCGUGGCAAGAUGGCAAGACAUUUCCUAUUUAAUACCCUGUAAAUCCAAUAUAUAUAUAUAUAGCCAAUAUAUAGUAUAUAUAUAUAUAGCCUCGUAUGCAAAUUCAAACAUGCAAAUCUGGUUGGAUCGGUAGCAUUUGCACAUUGAACUGCCACAUUUCGUAUUGUAAUCCGCAUUAGUAUAUGAUAUGUUACUUUGGGUAUUAUAGGAAUACAGUCAUACAUGUCACCUGUGGUAUGCUUCGUAUGCAUGCAAACUUAGAUCCAUUAUUUUAUGCUAUCGAUGCAAAGUUGUGAAGCGUAAUUAGUAUAUGUCCAAACUGGUAUAUAUGUAUAGCUAUGAUGGUCUGUCUGUAUACACAGGAUACACAUGUGGUCAGUCUGUAUAACCCUGAUACCCUAAAUGGCCUGCAUCUAUACCUAAGGUACCGAUAGUUGCCUAUUUGUAUGCCACGGACACUCAUAGUGUAUCUGUAUGUAUCGCUAACCUUACCUGUAUGUAUUUCCGUGAUACCCAGAGUGACCUGUAUACAUUUGAUACAUUGGUGGUCAUUCUGUAUACCAAGGAUAUCCAGCAGACAUAUAUAGCCCUGACAGUAAACCAAGUAUACCCAGAUAGACCUGCCUCUAUACCUGGGGUACACCGGUGGCAUGUAUUUAUACCCAGGAUAUUCAUAGUGGUGACAUUAAGUAAACGGUGAGGAUGGCUUGUUUGUAUACCCAGGAUACUCAAGGUGGCCUACCUAGGAUGCACUCAGGUGACCUGUCUAUAUACCAAGCACACUCAACGCAUAUACUGCCCUAGUGUAUAGCAACGAUGGUCUGCCUGUAUACCCAGGUUUUUGUACCCAGAAAGGCUUAUAUGUAAAACCGGGAUAUCCAUAAUGGCCAGUAUAUAUGGCCACGAUGACAUGUUUGUAUAUCCAGGCUACACAGAGUGGCAUGGCUCUAUGCCUUAGAUACGUAGAUAUACCAAUGCCAUCCAAAGUGACCUGAAAGUAUAGCCAUGAUGGCAUGUCUAUAUACCAACGAUACCCAGAAUGGUGUGUAUGUAAAUCGAAGAUACCCGUAGUAGCCUAUAUAUACAACUGUAUAGCCAGGAAGACAUGCCUGUAUACACAAAAUAUCUAGAGUUGCAAAGAAACUCGGUUGGACCUUCUUUAUGUACAGAAUACCCAGAAUUGCCUGUCUGUGUUUUCAGUAUACCAGUAGUUGCCAGUAUGUAUACAUGUGUAGCCAGUAUGACCUGUAUGUAUGCACAGCAUACCCAGAUAGGCCAUUCUGUAUACCCAUGAUACCCAUAGUGACCUGUAUGUAUAGCCAAGGUACCCUUAGUGGAUUGUAUAUAUAGCCAGGGUGGCUAUACAUGUAUGCGGUGACAAAACACGCAGAGUGAAUGCUUGUAUAACUAAGAUACACAAAGUGGAAUGUACAUGUAUGUAUACCCGGGAUAAUUUUCCUGUAUAACUAGGAUAUCCAUUGUAUCUGUCUCUCUAUCCAGGCUACCUAUUGUUGCCUAUAUGUAUAGCAAGAAGGGCCAUAUACACAGGAUACCCAGAGUGUACCCUCGAUACCGAUAAUGGCAUUAAUAUUUAGCCCGGAUGGCGUGUCUGUAAACAAAUGAUACCAAAAAUGGCCUGACUAUAUAUCACUGAUACACAGUUUGCCUGUCUGUAUGAAAAACCAAGUUUGCCUGCCGAUAUACCGAAGAUAUCCAUAUUUGCCUUCUCUAUACCUCUAGAUACAUUGGGUGCCCAGUAGUUAUAUCAAGUAUACUAUUGAUACAAAUUUAGGCUAUCCUGUCUGUAAACCCAAUAUAUGUUUUGAAUAGUAUAUUGUUUAAUUAUUCGUCAAAAUACUGCAAAACCUUACAUAAAACCUUUUGUACAUUCUCCAGUAUAGUAGAAAAACUGAACAUACUGACUUCUUGACGGCCAUUGUGAAAAGUGGCUGUCUUAUUGGUUGUCUGAGAUGGUGUCAACCUGAUUUAAAAUAGUAAUGUUUUUUUUUCAAUCACAAUACUAUACUAAACUACAUAAAACAACUAUGUAAACUCUAUAAUGUAUGCAAAGAAACCUUAACAUAUUGACUUUUGGCAGCCAUUUUGAAAAAUGAGCGCCAUAUUGGUUAUAUGAGGUUGCCUACAUGCCGUAUGGUCUUAUUAUCAAUUGUAUUUAUCAAUCUUAAUACUGCAAUAAAUUAUAUUAAAACCUAUGUAAACGCUCAUAUAUAUGCAUACUUUUGAACAUACUUACCUUUGGUCGUCAUCUUGGCCGCCAUUUUGAAAAAUGGCAGCCAUAUUGGCUGUGUGACAUAGGUUCACAUUUUGAAAUAGCCGGCAGAUAUGUACCUAAUACAAAAGAAAUGCCUUGCUUUUGUGAAAACAAAUACGACAAUUGUGCCAAAGAUAACUGUUGGUCAGAAGUCAACUCACCCACCCACUUAAAGCAGUAUCUACACAUAAAACACAUAUGAAGGCGAUAUAAACAGUUGCGUAUAUCAAUGGAUAAGUAUCCCGCAUAUCUUUGUUGCCUUUCUCUUUUUUAAAUCAUGAAAAUUAUAUAUAAAACAAUAAAUAUUGUACAGCUGUACAUACAUGCCAAUUUUUAUCGUAAUUUUGUACGGUUUUGCCGCUUUCAUUAAUAUUAAUUGAUAUGCAAAUGAGCUAAUUUGCAUAUAGUGAUUUUAUUUCAUAGUUAAAUACAUUGGCUUCCAUUAAAUACCAUUUUUGCUCACUUAUUUCAUCAAAUGGCGAAGAUAUGAUGCCAUAUAAAUGAAAUUUUUAAAAAUGCACUUAAUGACGUUUGACCUAAUUUCUUGACGUUAAUUUGACCUUAGGAUUGUGACUACCGGCAUCAAUGAACUACUUAUAUCAUAUACUUCACAUAUAACACAUAAAAGUUGCAUCUUCACGAAAUGCCUACGUAGGUGUUAUCCAGCCACAUAUAUGAAAAUAAUUGGUAAACUAUUCCAUACAGGAAAACAUGUUUAUG